AUGAAAUUUGCCAAAGAGCUAGAACAGGAGCUUGUUCCUGAGUGGCGGGCAAAGUAUCUCGACUACAAGACCGGCAAGAAAAAAGUGAAGGCGAUCACUCGCGCUCUUCAAAAGACACACCGCAGCCCUCGCGCACCGACCUACUGGCAGUCCACCCCGCAGCCUCGCGGUGCAGCACAGUUUAGCCUCACACCGUCAAAUACAGAUAAAGCAUUGGAUGCGGCAGAGCCCAAUGACCCAUCGACUCCGCGAAGUGGUACAAAGCCAGCGUCUGUGACACGGUCCACACCCAUUCCCAGAAGCGAGCGACAGCCACUGCGCACGCCAGGGUCACGAUUCUCGGAUCAUAUCGGUAGUUAUGGAAGUAUACUAGCUACACCCCCGCAUCAUGGAGCAGGAACGUCCGAUGCAGCCUCGUUUGAGCUGCCAGACCCAGCACUCGACCCCGACGAGGAGUAUAUGCCGCAUGAGGAGCAUGGAGAGAUACCCAGGACGGUCAGGACGCCAUCACCGGUGAUGGAUCGACAUGCUACUUUCGGCACUUCGCCUUCACAGCCCAUGCCUGAUAGUCCUCCGGUUGAGCGAAGGCCCGAGUUGGAGCAACGACCGAGUUAUCAAAGUCCCUUGAGUGGUGCCGUCACGAGAGUGACAUCAGCAAAGCGAGGAUCUCAUCUCUUGCGCCGGGUUUUCUCUAACACCGAGGGUGAGGCUAGCGGGAAGCGAUCACAGCCUGACAGCUCAGAGCCCGACAAGCGCCAAGAUGAAUUCUUCGAAUUUUUGGAUAGCGAGUUGAACAAGAUCGAUUCCUUCUACCAGAUGAAAGAGCAAGAAGCCACAGAUAAGCUUCGUGUUCUCCGUCAGCAGCUGCACAUCAUGCGCGAUCAACGUAUACAAGAGGUUCUAAUGGCCAAGAGAGCAGCCAAGGGUGAUGGCCCGGAGUCCCAGCAACGGCCGAACGGGUUCGUCAAACUUAACAGUCAUCGACUCAAGCACACGCUUGUUGGCAAGAAUCGCUUUGGCAAGAACUCGGAGGCCUUGGCUGAGAUGGCUACCCCUGGCAUGCACGCCCAGGAUCGGGAGUUUAUUUCCAACCGGAGGGAUUUCAUGCGACGACAGGAUCCGCCUAGCCAGGAAGUUUCGUAUCGCUCUGCGAAGCGCAAGCUUAAGCAUGCGUUGCAAGAAUUCUAUCGUGGGGUCGAACUCCUGAAGGGGUACGCGUAUUUGAACCGCACAGCCUUCCGGAAGAUUAACAAGAAAUACGACAAAGCGGUCAACGCUCGCCCUCCCUUGCGUUACAUGUCGGAAAAGAUCAAUAAGGCGGCUUUUGUGCAGAGUGAUGUGAUUGAGAGUUUGAUGGUCGCCGUUGAGGACUUGUAUGCCCGUUACUUCGAGCGUGGCAAUCGCAAAAUUGCUGCUUCGAAGCUUCGGCACACUCUCAAGAAAUCGGGGGAUUAUUCUCCAAACACUUUCCGUUCGGGUCUUUUGUUGAUGGGAGGAGCUCUCUUUUCAAUCAAAGGUCUGGUCGAUGCUACCCACCAUCUUCGGACAGCGGAUGUUGAGAAGCAAGUUCAGACAAGCUAUUUGCUGCAGUUAUACGGUGGAUACUUUCUGAUCGUGUUUCACGUCUUGCUCUUUUGCAUGGAUUGUCUGAUUUGGACCAAGUCAAAGAUCAACUAUGCCUUCGUUUUUGAAUAUGAUAGUAGACACACCUUGGAGUGGCGUCAGUAUCUGGAGAUUCCUUCUUUCUUCUUCUUCUUGAUGGGCCUCUUCAUGUGGCUUAACUUUUCAUGGAUAAAUGAUAUGUACAUCUAUUGGCCUGUCGUACUUAUCGGUUUGACAGUCAUCAUUGUCUUCUUACCAGCCCGCGUUCUAUAUCACAGGAGUCGCAAAUGGUUCGCCUUUUCAAAUUGGCGUCUACUACUUGCUGGGAUAUAUCCCGUCGAGUUCCGUGAUUUCUUCCUUGGUGACAUGUAUUGCUCUCAAACAUAUGCCAUGGGAAACAUCGAACUCUUCUUUUGUCUAUACGCCUCCUACUGGGGCAACCCUCCCCACUGCAACUCCUCGCACUCUCGCCUGCUGGGCUUCUUCCAGUGUUUGCCAUCUGUCUGGCGAGCCUUCCAGUGCAUACGCCGAUACUUGGACACGAGAAAUGCCUUUCCUCACCUCUUGAACUUGGGCAAGUACAUAUUCGGCGUCCUAUACUAUGCCACCUUGAGCAUGUACCGCAUCGACCUUCAAACGCGCUUCCAAGCCUCAUUCAUUACCUUUGCCCUACUGAACGCCGUAUACACUUCAGUCUGGGACCUGAUAAUGGACUGGAGUCUUGGAAACCCCUACGCCAAGCACCCUAUGCUCCGUGAAGUGCUUGCCUUCCGGCGGGUCUGGGUUUACUACGUCGCCAUGGUGCUAGACGUGGUUAUCCGCUUCAACUGGAUCUACUACGCAAUCUUCAUCAGGAACAUUCAGCAGUCAGCGCUACUCAGCUUCAUGGUCUCUUUCUCGGAAGUCUGUCGUCGUGGUAUAUGGUCCAUCUUCCGAGUGGAAAACGAACACUGUACCAACGUCCUCCUCUUCCGUGCCUCACGCGAUGUCCCGCUCCCCUACGACCUCCCAGCAGCGCAACUUGCCGCUGCCUCGACGCCCUUCAUGUCACCCGGCGACGUCGAACACGGAACCCCCUCGGUUUCGAGUGUGCGGGCGCGCACCCGUCGCCCGUCGGUGGGAAUCAGCCGGGUCGGCACGAUUGUCGCAUCAGCACAUGCGCAAGACUUCCAACGUCGCCGACCAACGUAUCUCUCCAGCGCAAGUGUCGGUCAAGGCAUGGGACCCGGUGGCGAUGACAGCACAGACGAGGACGAGGGUGAUCUCAGCACGGACGAAGACUCGGGAUCAACAGUGAAUGACAAUGAAACGCGAGAGAAUGGAAGACCUCACUCUAUCCGACAGGAUGCAAUGAACCGCAUCGUGGAAUGA